GGAGCUGUCCGCGGUGCUGAAGCGGCGGCGGCUGCGGCGGCGGCAGGGACCCGGGGCCGGGAGCAGAGGCACCCUCCUGGGAUUUCCAUCGCGGCCGCAAGGCGGGGGCGCCGUCGUUCACCGGCCCAUGCUGGGCCCCCCGAGCCCCGCGGAGGAGGCGGGACCGUCCUCGGCGGGACAGGCUAGACGAAUGAGCCAGCUCUGUGGGGUAAGUCCUGCUGCUGCGCCCACUGUGUGGACAAAGAAAAGGACACCUGAGAAGAGAAGGAGCCAGCUCAAGGUCGCACAGCUGGCUGGUGCCACAGGCAGGGUCUGGAAGCCUGUGUUCUUAAACGUUCCCGGCCGCACACCGGGCACCCAGGUCUCUGCGUCUGUCUGUCUUGCUCACCCAGCAGGCUCUCUGAGGACGGCUCCGCUGGCCCAGGCUCCCUUCCCUGGAGCUGCCCCAGAACCAUGGAGAGUCUGAGCGAACUGCAGAAUCCUCUGCUGCCUCAGAGCCCCGCCCCGCUCCAUGGCCCCUACCCCUACCGUGAGGCUUCGCCCAGCUGGUCGUGCCAAGAGAAGCUUUACUCCUACCUCCUGGGUGCUGCUGGCUCCACUCGCCCCCACCAGCUCCUGGACCCGGGGUCCCUGCAGCUGGCUGUGGAGGCCUGGUACAGGCCCAGCUGCCUCCUGGGGAGGGACAAGGUCAAGGAACCCAGGGCAAGCAGCUGUGAGACCAGCUUCACAGAGAACAGGGAGCUCCAGGCUGGGCCUGCAGAGCGGUCCGCAGAAGCGGACCAAGAGGAAGAGGGUAUCACCAUCCAGACGGUGUCCUACGGGGUUCAGGAGGAGCUGCAGGGCCAGGAGAACGACCAGGAGGAGGAGGAGAGUGAUGUGACCUCGACGGACAGUGAAAGCGAAGACAACUUCGUGGCGCUGCCCCCCAGGGACCACCUGGGUCUUACUAUCUUCUCCAUGCUCUGCUGCUUCUGGCCCCUGGGCAUCGCUGCCUUCUACUUCUCCCAGGGGACCAGCAAGGCCAUCUCCAAGGGAGACUUCCGCCUGGCCAGCACCACCUCCCGCAGGGCCCUCUUCCUGGCCACACUCUCCAUCGCCGUGGGCGCUGGUCUCUAUGUGGCCGUGGUGGUGGCGCUGGCGGCUUACAUGUCCCAGAACGGCCAUGGCUAG